GGAGAAGCUAAUUGAAGAAAAUCAAAAUAUUAAUUUCAAUAAACACGAACAAAUGCGAUUUAUUAAUUUGGAAGAUUUAGUAAAAAAAGACCAAAAAAUUACUAAAAAUCAAGUUCCUCGCCCUCCAAAUAAUGAAAAAAAUAAGCAAAAACAGGUUCAAGAAGUUGUGGAAAAAGUAAAAAUGCCAGAUGUUGACCCUUUGUUUUCAGCAAUGUUACAAAGACAAUAUAGAAUGGAGAAAAUGAAAAAACCUUAUAAUAAUCAAGCAAAUGAACAUUUAAAAAAUGCUGAAAAUUUGAAAGGGAAGAAUAAAAGAUUGGGCGAUUUUAAUGAAAUUGAUGAAAUGGAGAAACAAAAAGUUGGAAAAAAACCAAAAAUACCAGAUGUUGAUGAAGAUUUUAAUUUGUAUUUACGCCGACAAUAUGACGCUUAUAAGAAGAGAAAAAAUCAACGGCAGAUCUGA